UGGGGACUCUGACCCCGUGCGCCGGCGAAGGGAGCUGAGGCAGGCAGAGACGAGCGGCCACACAGCCACGGGGACGGAGCCAGCGAGGAGCCGAACAGGAUGGAUCCCACCUUGGAACUGGCGGAUGACCCCAGGUUCUCCCGCCCCUUGGUGGAGAUGCUGAUCAGGAACUUCAGCGUGCCGGCAGCCUGCUUCUCCCUGCCGCCCACCUCCCGGCAGCUGCUGCACCAGCUGGACAUGGCCCAACUCAUCAUCCUGGGCCUCUGCACCAUCAUGACACUGCUGUCGGUUGUGAUCUACGUGGAAGAGGUUUCAUACCUCUUCCGCAAGAUCCGCUGCCCUAUCAAGAUGAAGACCCUCUGCUGGAGCAGCUCAGCCCCUACGGUUGUGUCAGUGAUCAGCUGCUUUGGCCUGUGGUUCCCGCGCUCCAUGAUGGUGGUGGAGAUGGCUACCACGGCGUACUUUGCUGUCUGCUUCUACGUGAUGAUGCUGGUCAUGGUGGAGGGCUUUGGGGGGAAGGAAGCACUGCUCAGCACCCUGAAGGAUGUGCCCAUGGUGGUCAGCACUGGGCCCUGCUGCUGCUGCUGCCCCUGUCUGCCCCGAAUCACCAUGAACAGGAAAAAGCUUAAAUUGAUGAUCCUGGGGACUUUCCAGUACGCCUUCUUCAAGGCAGUCGCUGUCUUCCUGGGGCUGAUCCUGGCCACUGACGGGAAUUACAACCCUGCUGACAUUUCAGGAGAGAGUGUGGCCCUCUGGAUCAACACCUUGGUUGGUGCCUCCGCCCUCUUUGGGCUGUGGGGCCUGGGCAUUCUCUUCCGGCAGGCCCGGCUGCACCUGGCUGAGCAGAACAUGCAGGCCAAGUUCACCUGUUUCCAGAUCCUGCUCCUCCUGACGGCACUCCAGCCUGCCAUCUUCAGCAUCCUGGCCAACAACGGCAGCAUCGCCUGCUCGCCGCCCUUCUCCUCCAAGGCCAGGUCACAGCAGAUGAACGUGCAGCUGUUGAUCCCGCAGACCUUCAUCCUGGCGGUGCUGACGCGGAUGUACUACCGCAAGCAGGAUGACAAGCCGGGCUACCAGCCCGUCACCUUCACACCCACAGGCGCCGACGUCAAAGCAUGACCAGGAGGGACAAACUGGGGUGCCAAGGGGCAGAGCGGGGUGAGGGGCUGGUCUACCCUGCACAGCCUUCUCCUCCUCCCCUGGCUUUGGGGAGCUGCUGGCAGCAAAAGAGGCAGAAGGGGAAAGAGCAUCUUGGGACAGAAGGAAAGGGUCUGAAACCUAAAAGUCGUAAGUCAAGGGGGUCCAUGGAGCCACCUCCAGCCCUGGGGCUCUUGUCUAGCACUGAGUAAAGAUAAAUUUUUACUAGAGUCUUGCA